AUGGAAGGUCAGGAUGAGCGCACAUUCUUGUGUAGUUAUCAGCGAACACGCGGAUACGGCAGCUUAUCAAAUUUUCAUGUUUCCACGAAAAGUUAUCGUACGAUCAUUCAGCAUCAAAUUACACCGAAUGAUACACUUCAAGGACUCGUGUUAAAAUAUAACACUUCAAUGAGCGAAAUAAAAAGACUGAAUCGUCUUUGGUCGAAUGAAAGUCUCUACCUCAAGGAAUACGUCGAGAUACCAAUUUAUGAUGAGAUCCUUGAGAAAGGUCACGCAUUGGAUAGAUCCACAAAUGUGAAGAAUCACCGGUGCUAUGAGGAAUCCAAGAAGUCACAAGGUAUCGAUGGAGAAAGCCUGCAGGAUAUCUUCAAAAGAAUCGACAUGAAUAUCAGGAAGACGACGUAUAGCGUAAACAAGUUAACGGAGAAUUCGACGAAAAAACUUGGUUGCAUUUUGUUGAAAAUCAUUCCUACAUAUUUCCAAAUUACUCGUUUCGGCUCUCUGAAAAUUAUCAAUCUCCUCGAUGAAGGCUUCGAAAUGGAAUUUACGCGAAGUAAACCAGGGUGUAAAGAAUCGACAUUCAAUUGUAAUUCUUCGCGUCUCCAAAAUGCUUAUCAAAACCAGUCAACUGUAUCGUCAUAUUCUCUAGAUUCAUUGUAA